GUGUGCUGAUCUUCAACUUCAGCCAGAAAGAACAUCCGCAGUUUGCUCAUCACCUCGCUUGCGUUCCACCUCUUCCCAAACCUCUGAAACCUUGGGCUCUUGUCUGUCGUAUCGAACUAACGUUGCCAUAAUCUUUGGGGCAAACCUCGAUAUGUCAGCUUCCAUCGUUCCCUAUUGAUCUCGACAACGCAGACGUCUUGAUCUUUGACUCGUCGACCGAAGCCUUGACAAUGGACCACUCGUGUCUAUCGGCUGAACCUUUGGACACAAUUUUGUCCACGUUCGGAAAGCCGUGGCUCUGAAUCCUGCAAGACUCAGUCAGAAGCCGUCACCUACAAGGACCGAAUGCUCCUGCCAGCGUCCUUGUCCGUGGACUCCUCAGCCUCAGAGAAAAUGACAUACCUGAUGGACUAUCAGACGCCGUGUGGUGCGCCUUGCAUUUUGCACACAGUGAGUCUUCGUUCAAAGAUCCACAUGUUUUCUUGUUGAAGCAGUGCGCCUGUGUCCCUGCUGCGGCGCACCUAUGGUACACCCUUGCUUCUUCCGACCAAUGGCCACAUUGAUCGUGGAAGACAUCUUCAAGAUAACACAUCUUGGAGCUAAGGUUUGUAUUAAAAUCCUAAAUAUUGCUUAGCGUUCAUCUACCAGUUUCAGGAAGGUGGCGUCAUGUAGAUGAUUUCUGCCUUCUCGUGUUGUUGGACAGGUUCAUACCUUGAACGGCCCUUUGGAUGGCCCACCAAGUGAGUGCGUCAAUUCUUGAAUUGCCCUGUUUAGCCUCUGUGCCCUCGUGCUGAAGUCCUCGGAGUUUCUGCUGGGGAGCAACAUGCAGCCUACAGAUUUCUGAUACGGUAUCAAUUUCAUGUCUGUUGAUUGGGUACCGCAGACCAAGGUGUGUCUUGACAGUCUAGCCGUGAGAUUCUCUCCCUUGUGUGGUAAGAUGAGCACACUUCAUCAAUAUUGAGUACCUCGCCGUUGAUGGUCUAGCGCCAGUAUUUGUGUGUGGGUCACUGACCCAUGCAAGCCAUCUCUCAGUCUGGCAAACACAACAUGACAAUCAUUCUCUGGUCGCAUGCUUUGCAGACAUACGGACAUUGUGUUUGGAAGGCAAGCAAUAACUCAAAAAGAACAACACUAUGGCAUUGUGUACCUCCCCUGUUAACAAUGAACUUGCAAGUUAACAAUCAGGGCGUCCAUUUGCUCUGGAAUGCACGGCAUAACCACGGACUUGGCAGAGCUGGAGCAUCACGCUUGCAACUUCCUGUCAGAAUGAUGGACUCAUGGGAUGUCCUCACAAACUUGAUUGCAAUUUGACUUCAACGAGAACUAAGAAUGGUUGCUAGACAGAUGUUACUUCGGGGGGACUCAGGCCACAUCGGCAGCACUUUGGGCCACUCCCGUGUGGAUGACGCCAAUUGGAUUGAUCCCGUGCGCAAGGAGCGACAUUCCUUCGCUCUAGCUACCAGGUUUCCAGGGCAGUUUGGAAAUGUUGUUUAUUUUCCUGGUAUGGAAUACAUCAAACAGCGGUUUUCGCUCGAGCCGUCCGGAUCUCCACACGAUUCAUAUUUUCACAGAUAACACAAGAGCAGAUGCAUCAAGUCAUGUCAUUGACGAGCACAUCAGAUUGUGUGUUCCGCCCAGAGGAGCAGGCGUUGAAAAUGCUGUUUCCCGACGCUUCAGAGGAAAGCAAUUCUUUCGAUGAGUUCUUUAACGAAGAUAUGUACAAGUUGGACACUGGGCCCAACGACGGGAUCGAGCAGGAGAUCCUAUAUGAUGACCUGUUUAGCGCAGAAGCCUUCUCGCCGGACAAGUUCAGCCUACCCGCUUUCGAAAGCUCACCCAAGUUCGAAGAAGCCCCGAUCCAACCGUGGCGAAAAGGAGUUUGGUGUCUGAAGCAAAGCCAGCAGUCAGCGCCCCUCACCGUUCAGAAGACUCGAAGACCAGAGACAAAGCGAACUGGGGCAAAUCAAACAAUCAAUUUUCUCCACAGUCCUCAGCAGACAUCACCAUCUCAGCCAUACAAUCUGCCUAUCAGUCAGACAAAGCGACAUGGGACAAGUCCCAAUCCGGCGGCACUGCAUUCUCUGAAUUUCUCCCAUCCUCCAUUUUCACGGGAAGCCACCCUAUCACCGUCGCCAAUGUAUUCACAACUGGCGGGCAACCUGGAUUCGAGCACAAACACCUGGCAGCAAGACUUUCAGAAUUUCUCUCUGCGACAAUUCUCCGAGGAGCCACUGCAGUCGCCUGGGGAAUCACCCUUUCAGCAACGCCGUCAACCUUCUGUCCCAUAUUCAACGAACCUAGGCCUUAUUUCUCGAACUCAAGAUAUAGACCUGACAUACUCGAUGGGUUAUGAUAAUUUUGCUGGCGAUUAUGUCCCCCAGAACGUUUCCGAAGCCAUUGACCCGGUCUUGCUUGAUUCUAUCCAGGCAGGACAAAUUCAAGCUUCCGUUGGAACUUAUACUCAACAAACACGAGUGCAGCAAGCUCAUUACAAGCAGGAGAGAAUCGGAGUGGUGCAAUCUCCCCUGAGUGACAGCCUCCCGUCCUCUACCAGCUCCAAUCACACACUUGGCACGAUGAGCUACACGUCCAAUACAAGUGGUAGUGGUCAGUCGCAGUGUUUGUUUUCACCCACGAAGAUGCCGAUCCAUCCUCCUCUGCCUGCACUUGCGCCGGAGGAGGCUUACCCAGCUCUGUCCGCCCCGAAACCCACGAGGGUACCCCAUCAAAUAUUACAGCAGCAGCCUGAAGAUCAGCUAAGAGUGUCUGCGACAUACCCUGGUGCGGAGCUGAUGGAUAACUCGAUGCUAUAUGAGCGGCAUGUCAACUACUGCGCAGUACCAUCCAACAACAAUAUCAUAGCAUCUAGUGUCGGGCCAUCAUACAAGCCAGCAUCGAUGAAUCAGAAAGCCCCCGGCUCUCUGGCCACGUAUCCUAAGCUUCCUCCACCUUCGUCGUACGUCUUUCCUGAUGGCUCGCCGUUCACGCCACGGAAGCAACGACGCUCACCGUCGCGAACACCAUCCCCGCCACUGUCACCCACCAAUCUCAGUACGCGACGCAAUCCGCAACGAUCUCCGGGGCGCAUUGUCACCGAGCACGGUCAGACACGACGGAAAUCGAUUCACAAGGCAGGACCCAUCAGGGAUUCUGCGUCACAAGAGCCCAUGCCCAGUCCGCGAGCCAGGUCGCAGUCACGGCCACCACGUACGCCCAGGACACCGAAAACACCGGCAGCUUCUGGCGGAUUGUCUAUCGACUUUGUCAAUUUCACCCCAAGGGACUCUGCAAAACUCCUCAACGAUGUGGCGCCGAGUGGAAGCUCAAAAACUCGAGCAAGACGAGAGCUGGAGGCCAAAGAGAAGAGGAAGAAGUUGAGUGAAGCGGCUUUGAAGGCAGUACAAAUUGCAGGAGGGGAUGUAUCGGCAUUUGAGAAGGCUAUUUUCACAUAGGUGCGAUGGAUAGAGUGAGAGAAGCGAUUCUAGGGGAACAUCGAUGGAUAUUUUAUAUAGGUGUACAGAUUCUUUGCCAUAUUUUAUGCCUAAAUGUCACACGGUGGAGGCGAAGGCUAUAUGCAAAUCUGCAAUAUUAAAGAGCGAGGAGUCUGUCAUCAAAUAUGCA